AUGACGGGGACGUCUAACCCUUUGAACGGCUUUGAUACAUAUCAUCCCCAAGGUCAUGGCACAUCACCCGGUUUGGCAAGAGCGAGGAGACCAUUCCGGACUGCCAACUUUAUCGUCGGAGGUGGAUUGACAUUGUUCAUCUUGGGCGUAUAUUCUUAUUCCAUUUCAGCUGUGAAGCAGGAUGAUUUUAGUGAUGUCGCCGAUCUCCUCCCUCCCCUGGAAGAACGUAGAAAAAUUCGGUCCAUCGAAGAUGAAGAAAGAGAUAAACGUCUUGGUUCUUCCCUCGAAUCCUCACCUCCCUCCACCACUCAGACAAUAUCAUCUUCGCCACUAUCAUGGUUUCCACGAAGACUGAGUGAUCUAUCUUGGGUGCAGAGAAGAGGAUGGGUUGAGACAAAUACGAAUAACGUAACUGUGUGGGGUGCGCCCAACGUGGACUCCAUCGGUAGAAUAGGUGACAAAGGCACUCCACGUUCAGGUGUAAAGACGGUCUAA